AUGUAUAGAUGUAAUUCAUCUGACAUUUGGUUAGAUAAAGAAGAUAAUCUUUUUAUUGCUGGUACUAGUAAUAAUCGAAUACAAAAAUAUAACGGUACAGUAAUAACAACUGUGGCUAGUCGUGGAUUGAUAUCACCAACGAGUUUGUUCAUAGACAGCAAUACUGGUGAUAUUUAUAUACUUGAUUAUGAUAAACAUAAAACAAAUGACUUACGAAAAAUUCGAAAUUAUCGUGUGCAAUAUUGGCCAACAAACAAUUCUGUUGCAGCAGAAAAGGACAAACUAAUUAUUCAUGGAAUUGGUGAAAGUACUAGUUUAUAUUUAGAUAAAGAUUUAAAUAUUUAUACAUCUGAACAAACUCGUAUAAUAAAAUGGUUUGGGCCUGAUUAUAUAUAUUCUAUAACGGUAGCUGGUAGGAAUAAUCAUAACAUAGCUCAGCAAACAAAAUGGCGAACACAUAAUGACUUUUAUGUACAUCAAAAUUAUACUUAG